AUGGAAAACAGGGAGAAAGACUACAAAGCUCAUGUUUUGGCUAUUCCAUUUCAAAGUCCGGGCCACAUAAAUCCUAUGCUUCAGUUACGUAAGAAAUUCAUACGUAAAGGUCUGAAAGCCACACUAGCCAUCACCAAAUUCACCUCCAACGUUAUGUAUACAAAAUCAGACAUAGUCCAGAUUGACAUAAUAUCAGAUGGCUAUGAUGAAGGUGGCUUCUUUGUCGCUGACCCUGUCCCAAUCUCCAUGGCUCGCUUUAAAGAAGUUGGCUCACGAUCAAUCAUUGAACUCAUGACGAAGUAUGAAUCCUUAGGGACUCCAAUUGACUUCAUCGUUUAUGAUUCCUUGCUACCUUUUGUGCUUGAAUUCUGUAAAGAAGUUGGUUUACCUGGAUUGGCUUUCUUGACUCAACAAUGUGGUGUUAACUACAUAAUGCACCAGUUUUAUCAUGGAAAGUUGUCUAAUCCGGUGUCUGAGUUUCCAAUCUCGAUUCAAGGAUUGCCGCCAAUUGAAUCUGCAGAUCUUCCUUAUUUUGAGCUGGAAAAGGAGGUAACCAUUCUUAGAUGCUUUGUUUUCUUGUUAUUGACCGCUGCAAAGUUUAGUUCAUUGACAAUAAACUGGUACUCAUGA